CAUUCCCAUCCCCUCCCCCUCGCUUUGGUAGAGAGAAGAGGUUAUUCCUAUUAGUUUCUUGCGGUUCGGUAGGCCAGGUUUUAAGGAGUUCAAGGCGUUAACUAUUAGCGAUUACCUAUCAAGCAACCAUGAAGAAUAUACUUGCCUUAAGCACUCUGCCGCUGCUCUCACUGGCCGGAGCUACGUCUCUUAAGCCUCGCGACGGCUCGGUUUACGAUGCUAUUAUCAUAGGAGGUGGUCCGUCAGGCCUCAGCGCUUUGAGUGGUCUGGCUCGAGUACGCAGGAAUGUUCUGUUGAUCGACUCGGGAGAGUAUCGCAACGGACCGACGAGACACAUGCACGACGUCAUCGGCUUCGACGGAGUCACACCAGCGUACUACCGCUGGGCAGCCCGGCAGCAGAUCGCCCACUACGACACCGUAUCGGCUAUCAACGGGACAGUCACCAACAUCGAGCCGCUGAACAACAACACAGAGUUCAGCGUUGCGACGACUUUCCUCAACGGAACAGAUGGCACCGUGAGCGCCAAGAAAAUCAUCCUCGCAACCGGGCUUCACGACCUCAUACCCGAUACCCCGGGCCUGCUGGAGAACUGGGGCAAGGGCAUCUUCUGGUGCCCGUGGUGCGACGGACACGAGCACGCAGACCAGUCCCUCGGUCUCCUGGGCCCGCUAGAGGACGCCGCGGGUCUAGUCCGCGAGAUCUCGACGCUAAACUCGGACAUCAUCGCCUUCGUAAACGGCACCGACACCCCGGAAGCCCGCGCCGCCGCCGAGGCGAGCUUCCCCAACUGGGAGAAGUACCUGCAGAUCCACAACGUGACCGUCGAGAACCGCACCAUCGCGCGCAUCAACCGCCUCCGCGACGGCGGCGACCCGCCCGCGGACCCCAGCCUCCCCACGGCCCCCGAGUACGACUUGUUCAGCGUGGACUUCGCCGAGGGCGGCGAGUCCGUCGAGCGAGCCGCCUUCUUCACCAGCUUCCCCGACGAGCAGCGCUCCGACGUCGGCGAGAAGCUCGGCGUCACGCUGUAUGGCGGCCGCCUCUCCGCCGACAACACCAAGGGUCUGGCGACGAACGUCCCCGGCGUAUACGCCAUCGGCGACGCCAACUCGGACAACGUGACGAACGUGCCGCACGCGCUUUUCACCGGGAAACGAACUGCCGUCUACCUACACGUGCAACUUGCCCGCGAGGAGGCCGACAAGGAACUAGCAGGAAACGGAACGGCGGUGACUCGCCGCGAGGAAGAGCUUAACCUGCGGUCCGUCUGGGAACAGAUGAACCCCCGGGAUCUCCUUUACGCCGGAGAGUUUGACCAGUAUUCAAGUAACUACCUAAUGCUGUAAUGUCAUUUAGAGAGAGUGUAUAUCUGUAAUCUGUCUUGGAAAGAGAAAAGGAAGUACACGGGGUGAGCAUUAUGUACAAGGGGAUAUGAUAGCGUUGUAUAGAAUAUAUCAUAAUAACUUGC